GUGGAGCGUCUCCUCAUUAAUAAUACAACUGAGCUGAGCGAAACGAUUAGGGGCUAAAGCCCCGGAAACUUUUAUUUUGACAGCUGGUUGCCGGAUGUAACCCCAUUGGCUCCUAAGCGGGACUAGAGUGUUCAGUUUAGAAACACAGCAGCAGACUGUUGGAGGUUAAGGUGGAUUCAGGACUGUUUAUUGUAUUUGAUUAGAUCAAGUAACAGAGUCAUUGUGAUGUAUUGAUUGUUCUAAUAGUUUCAGCGCUUUGGACAGAUGUUUGCUGUGGUUUAAAAUGAAGACUGUAUUCUCUGUAGGUGAAUAUGGAAGGGUGGUUAGAGUUUCCCCCGGUCUCCAGUAAAGUGGAGCAGCAGAAGAUCCAGCUCUGAUCAGCAGCUCCACACCUCUGUACUCAGACUGCUCUGCUGGAGGAACACCAUCAGCUCACCUGCUGCAGAACUCAAUGCUAUGCUGUUCCAAGUCUUAUCCUGAUCCCAGUGUCAACAUUUCUAACUGGAGGAAGUUAAGCUGCACAAGUUCAGUCAGAAGAUCUCAACAUGGCAUCCAAAGAAAUCUUCAAUACACAGCAAAUUUCCUCUCCUACACCUCACAAGCAAAUGCAGGAAAGUACAUACAAGAAGAAAACUCACGUCUGCUCAGAAUGUGGGAAGAGCUUUACUCAACAGUGUCACCUCCAGCAACACUGGCGCAUUCACACUGGAGAGAAACCGUUUCACUGCUCAGACUGUGGGAAGAGUUUUAAUGAACAAAGUAAUUUUAGAAAACACCAGCGCAUUCACACUGGAGAGAAACCAUAUCACUGCUCAGACUGUGGGAAGAGUUUUAAUUUACAGAGUAGUCUCCGGCGACACCAGCGCAUUCACACUGGGGAGAAACCAUAUCACUGCUCAGACUGUGGAAAGAGUUUUAAUUUACAGAGUAGUCUCCAGCGACACCAGCGCAUUCACACUGGAAUAAAACCAUAUUACUGCUCAGAAUGUGGGAAAAGUUUUACUCAACAGAUUAUGCUUACAAGACACCAGCUCAUUCACACUGGAGAGAAACCAUAUUACUGCUCAGACUGUGGGAAGAGUUUUACUCAUCAGAAUUAUCUCCAAAGACACCAGCUCAUUCACACUGGACAUAAACCGUAUUACUGCUCAGACUGUGGGAAGAGCUUUAAUAAACAGAGUCAUCUCCAAACACACCAGCGCAUUCACACAGGAGAGAAACCAUAUUACUGCUCAGACUGUGCAGUGUGCUUCAGGUAUUUACAAACACUCAAGAAACACAAGUGCAUAAAGACCAGUCUUGAAAGUGGGCAGUGAUGCACCUAAAACCAUUCCAUGCCCCAAUCCUGGCUUUGAACAGUUUCUGAAGAAUAGUCAUUAAACAAAAUAUAGUUGUAAGUACUAAGUUUUAUGUCCAGCUUUUAGCCCAUGCACAUGGUUCCAAUCAGAGCAGAGGACUGUUGCUUUGCCAUGGCGGUCCAAUUAAAGACACUUCUUACAUGACACUUCUCACAACACACACCUCAGGACGAAGCCCCAUUGACUGACCUUAAUGCCAUUCAUGUAUAUUUUAUAGUUUUCUAUGAAUUCUGCUUCCAUCUGUUGUGUAUGUUUCGGUUUACAUAGGGCUUAGUGUUAAUAGCAUGUUUUAUAAUAAUUUGUAAUAAUGUUAUUCAUAUGCUUGUAUUUUUUGUAGUUUUAUCCAACUUCAAAGAAACCAUUAAAGGGAUGAAUUGGG